GUCCGUGUUUACGUGCUUUAUUUCUCAUCUAAUCAUGAAUCGCUAUCCUUGCCAAGGGCAUUUCUUUCUAGCCUGUUGAGUUAAUUGCACUUUGAACAGUCGUGGUAUAUUUAAAAAUUAUUGUUCGUUCUCUCUGCCAAUAUGCCAGUAAUUACUGAUAACAUUAAACUACCUUGCUACGAUGCGCACAAAGAUAUAGAGGUCCGUGACUUAUUACAGAAAAAAGAAUUUUCUCUAAAUGCAGUGAACAACUAUGGAGAUAGUCUCUUACAUGUCAGUGCAGCAAAAGGAUACACUGAAUCGGUGAAAACAAUUUUAGAACAGAAUAAAAAUUGUAACAUUGAUAGGAAAAAUAAAUUUGGCUGGACUGCUCUGAUGCAAGCCAUUCGUGGUAAUAGUCCUCAAACUGUCAAAGUACUUAUAGAACAUGGAGCUGACGUAACCCACAGAACUUAUUUGGGUACAUCUGCUUUGACCAUAGCAGCAAGUAUAAGUCAGGAGAUGUUUGAAAUUAUUCACAAAACUUGUCCUAUAGCACUGAAAAAUUCGGUUCAUGAUGAUAUCUCUCCACUGUGCAUUGCUGCCAUGAAAAAUGAUAAAGAAUUGUUUUUUAAGCUGAUAAACUUUGGGUUAGAUUUGAAGGAUGAAAGUAAGUUAUUUUUUGGACUACUAUUCGAUAUACGUCAUUAUUAUCUGUGUGAAUUAUUCUCAGGUGUGUACACUCAUUUGGCUAUGCAGCAGUCAAUUAUUCCAGAAAUUCAAAUUUUGGCUCAACCAGAACUAAAUGUUCAUGAUUAUUGGAGUGAUGAAUCAGACAAUAUUAAAAUUUGUGAAAAAAGACAGUGCAAAUAUGAAAACCUUAAAAAUUCACCUAGCCAAAUGGUUAUGCAAAAUGAGAAAACAAGGGUCGCUAUGCCUACGAUCCAUGUCCACUCUCCAAUAGAGGUAAACAAAGAGUCAAGAUCAGUACUUCGAAAGGAUGAAAAAACGAAAUUGCAAAACCCCAAUGUUCUCCAUGUAGAAGAGUCUGCUCCCAAAAAUAAUUCCUGUAUCUCCCCGAAUCUGAUUUAUAAUUCAGAAUCAUGGAUGGCAAAAUCGCCAAAUUUAUGUUAUUCUCCAAAUUACAUUUUUCCAUCCAGUCCUAUGACCCAAAAAUUUAUCUACCUAAAACAACAAAACCGAAACAAUGUUUUUGUAUUCGAUAAAAUAGAGGACCCCUUGCCAGGGAGUCCCUCACUAAUUACAAGGAGUGAAAAUAUCCACCUAAUUGAUCCAAAGUUUUAUGAUCAAUCAAGCUAUUACAAUACCACUCUGACAUUUGAACCUGAGUUCAGUCCUCCUCGAUCUCCCCAUCUACCGCCCGAUUUUCAAGAGGAAGAUGUAUGCGGAGAGAACACACCUACACCCCCACAUUAUAAAACACCGCCACGAGGGAUGGUGCUCAACUCUGAACAGGCCAAGCUCGUCAUAAUACUAAAACAAUUUGACCUAGCCCAUCUUAUCUCGACAUUCUUAGCCCAAGAAGUUGACAUGACUUUGUUUUUAACCUUGACUGACCAGGAUUUGAGGGAGAUUGGAAUAGCCAACGAACACGACAGAGAAUUGCUUUUGGAAGUAAUAGACGCAUAUAGAAAAAAUCAAUGAGUAAAAACGUUAGGAAUUAUUUAUUGUUCUCAACAACUUAGCCAUGAAUGACAUACUUAUAUUAUAACUGUAUUCUUUGAAUCAUUGAUAGGCGGUAUUUUGGAUUAUAUGUAUUAAUUGUUUGUCUAAUCGUAGAACGUGAAUUGAAGUAUAGUAGAUAAUUGACUGAUAAAAAUAGAAUAACUUGUAAUAUUACCCUAUUUAUUUUAAAAUAUAUUCUUCUCUUUAAACUGA